ACGUCACAUGAGCGUUUUCUAUAAGGUUGCGUGAGCGACAAGAGAAGUCAGUUUUCAGUGGGUGGAGAUCACAAACGACAGCCAGUAUGGUUAGCUCCAGCUCUGCUGCAAUAUUUGCUGCCAUAGCAUCACUGACGGGACUGUUGAUGUUUAAUACAUCUCUGAUACUGGUGUUCAUCAAUGUAGCACUUAUUCUAUGGCUGUCAACGCGGCGUCCUCCUGGUCUUCCCCCUGGUCCCCCUCUUCUUCCGUUCGUGGGCAACGUCUUGUCCAUUGAUGCCGACAUCAGGGUAACAUUCAGCAAACUGCGGCGUCAGUAUGGAAACAUCUUCAGCGUGUACAUCUUCAAUCAGCCAGUCAUUGUCCUCAGUGGAUACAGUGCCAUUAAGGAGGCCCUCGUGAAGAAUGGUGACGUUUUCUCCGGAAGACCAAAAUCGUUUCUAACAGAUUUUUUCGCUCAAGGCAAAGGUAUAGGAGGGACCUCAGGCGCCCACUGGAAAGUACAAAGAAAAUUUGCAUUAACAACACUCAGAGAUUUUGGGAUGGGGAAGUCCCUUCUGGAGACCAAAAUACACAAUGAGUUGUCGGUCUUCCUUAAAGCACUCGAGAAAAAGGGUGGACAUGUUUUCGACUGCAAACGACUCGUGCACAACGCCGUGUCUAAUAUCAUUUGUGCUGUUUGUUUGGGGAAGCAGUUUGAGUAUGAUGAUCCACGGUUUGUCAAAUUCUUAAAAGCUACAGAGAAUAUUUUGGACCUACUCGGGGGAGCAAGUACACUGAAUUUAUUUCCAAUUGUAAGGUUUAUCCCAGGAGAUUUUUUCAAUUUUAAAAAAAUGAUGCAGAGUAUGGAAACAAUUGAGAAAGGUGAAAUUGAAAAGGAUAUUGAGGAACACUUGAAGAGUUACGACGAAGACAAUGUGGACGAUUUCAUCACAGCUUACAUCAAGGAAAUGAAACUUCGUGGAAGCGACGACACGUUUGAUAAACUUCACCUGGAGAAAACUGUCAGAGAUUUAUUCAUAGGCGGAACUGAGACCACUGCCACCACCAUCCGCUGGACUCUCCUUUACUUCCUCCACAACCCCGACGUUCAGGAGAAGUGUUUCAGGGAGAUACAGGACAACAUCGGGCAAAGCAGACUUCCCACCAUGAAGGACAAGACUAGUCUUCCCUACGUCGAAGCCACCAUCAGUGAGAUAAUGAGAUGUUCAGACAUAGCUCCACUUGCAGCUCCCCACACUGUACCUCACGACAUCCAGUUUCAGGGCUACACGUUUCCAAAGGGCGUGACUGUCCUGCCAAAUUUGGACUCGGUUCUACAAGAUCCAGCCGAGUGGGGUGAUCCCCAAAACUUCAGACCUGAACGAUUCCUAGAUGAUGAAGGGAAGUAUCUGAAGAAAGAAGAAUUCAUCCCCUUCUCUAUGGGUCGCAGAUUGUGUCUCGGAGAAUCUUUGGCCCGGAUGGAAUUGUUCCUGUUCUUGGUUGCUAUGAUACAGAGGUUCCAGUUCCUCCCAGACAAGGGACCGUUAGCUCCCUUGAAAGGAAAAUUGGGUCUUACCUAUUGCCCUCCCGCCUUUUCGAUUCGGGCUGUACAAAGGAUAUGUGAAUGAAUUUGUUCGAUGUCAGUUAAAGAUGUUUCAAAGAUUU